AAAAAAUCCAGUUCGCUAACCCGAUUUGAGUUAAUUUGUGUCAAGCUCCUACUCGAAAAUACGCAAAGGUUGUUAUAUAUACCCUAACUCCCCAAGUAUAUAAUACUUCCAAGAUAUGUUUUGCUUAAUGCGAUGUUGAAUGAGGGUGGUUAUUACUCAUUUAAUCAUCAAAUGAAAAAAAAUUAAAAAAAUUGAUAUAGCUUACUCCCGAGUAUACAUAAAACUUUAACUUUUACAGCAAAUACUUUUUUUUAUUUUUUUCUCUAUCUUUAUUCUUUUAAAAAAUCAUUUAAGAGACCGUGAAAAUAAAAGUGUAACAACAAAAAAAAAAUGGAGGAAGUAUAUGUUUUCUAAUUCUCCCUAACCUUAUCAAAAUAUAAAAAUUAGAUUUUCAAUAAAAAAAUAAAAUUAAAAUCGGGUUUAAAUAAAUAGUUCGUAAGAAAGGAAGCAGAGUACAACAACAAACGUUAAUAGGCGCGAGCACUUCCCUCAAAAUCACUCACUCACUCACUCACUCACUCACUCACUCUCUUUCCUUCCUUCUUCUCCAGCCAUACUCAUUUUUCUCUCUCCUCAACCUCAACCAUUAUUAUUCCUCAUUUAGCUUAAUUACUCCCUAAUUUAAUCACUCUUUCUUGCUUAAUUUCUUUCAAAAAAUGUCCAAAUUAUCCUAAAUUUCAGUAUACUGCUCUACAACAUCCUUGAUUUUUCUGCCGCUUUAAGUGUAAUAAGCUUCCCAGGAUGGUGGCCUUUGGGAAAAAGCUAAAAGAAACUCAAAUUGAAGAAUGGCAGGGGUACUAUAUUAACUACAAGUUUCUAAAGAAGAAGGUCAAUCAAUAUUCUCGACAAAUUGAGAAUGGCUCGGGUGAUCAUCUUCUUGUUCUGAAGGAUUUUUCGUUUAUGCUGGAUAAUCAGCUUGAGAAGAUUGUCUUGUUCAUGCUAGAGCAACAAGGGCUACUUGCAAAGAGGUUGUCUGCUCUCAGGGAACAGCAAGAUACUGCAUUUCAGCAGGGAACCAUUCUUGAUGUGUCUGAAGUACGUGAAGCAUAUCGUGCUGUGGGACAAGACCUGUUGAGGCUUCUCUUCUUUGUUGAAAUGAAUGCUAUAGGUUUGCGGAAGAUCUUAAAAAAAUUUGAUAAACGCUUGGGCUAUGGCUUCACCAAUUAUUAUGUCAAAACUCGAGCUAAUCAUCCUUAUUCACAGCUGCAACAAAUAUUCAAGCAUGUGGGUUUUGGGGCUGUUGUGGGAGCCAUAUCCCGCAAUCUUGCAGAUCUUCAGGACAACGAAGGAAGCUAUGUAUCAAUAUAUGACCAACCAAUUCUUCAUCUCCAGGAUCCUGUUGUGACUUCCAUUCGAGCAGCUGUAGAUAGGCUGACAAAUUCAACAAAUUUCCUUAAUUUCAUGGGGAAACAUGCUAUGAUAAUGCAAGAAGAUCUACCAAGCCCAUCUCAGGAUGAUGUUGAUGAUCAGGCAUUUGAUUUAAUGUCCCUUAUGUUAAACUUGAUGAACACAUUCCUAUACAUGGUCAAUACAUACAUUAUUGUCCCCACAGCCGAUAGUUAUUCUCUAAGCCUUGGUGCUGCAGCAACUGUUUGUGGGGCAGUGAUUGGAUCAAUGGCUGUUGCCCAAAUGUUCUCUUCUGUCUACCUCAGUGCAUGGUCAAAUAAAUCAUAUAAGAAACCCCUUGUGUUUAGCAGUGUUCUUCUCCUUGUUGGAAAUGUCCUGUAUGCACUGGCAUAUGACCUUGACUCCAUAUCAAUACUUCUCAUUGGCCGUGUCUUCUGUGGGUUGGGUUCUGCUAGGGCUGUAAAUAGGCGUUACAUUAGUGAUUGUGUGCCACCAAAAUUACGAAUGAAGGCAUCUGCAGGUUUUGUUACUGCCAGUGCACUUGGAAUGGCUUGUGGUCCUGCUCUUGCUUGUUUAUUCCAAGCCAAAUUCAAAUUGUUCAAACUAACAUUCAAUGAUGACACUUUACCUGGAUGGUUUAUGGCGCUGGCAUGGCUUGUUUACCUAUUGUGUCUUUGCAUAUCAUUUAAAGAACCUCCCCAGCCUGAAUGCAACAUUGUACCUCAGGAAUCGAAUCGUGAUACAAAAGGAAACAGGACACAUAACGCAAUGGAGAAUGGUUUGGAGCAACCAUUGCUUAAAAGCUCAGAGGAAAAACUACAGGAUGAUGAUGACGAAGAAGGUCAAGACUUUGACCAAUGUGAUGAAGAUUCUGAUGAAAGCCAUAAACCUGCUACCUCAAUUGUAGCAGCUUAUAGACUACUGACACCUUCAGUCAAGGCUCAACUACUGAUUUAUUUCAUGCUCAAAUAUGCAAUGGAGAUACUACUAGCAGAAUCAAGCAUCAUAACAGGAUACUACUUUAUGUGGUCUACCCAAUAUGUGGCACUUUUUCUUGCAUGUCUUGGGCUAACAGUUCUCCCAGUCAAUGUUCUAGUUGGAAACUACAUCAGCAAUAUGUUUGAGGAAAGGCAAGUUUUGUUGACAUCCGAGAUCAUUGUUUGCAUAGGCAUUGUCCUAAGCUUCAAGGUUGGAAUACCUUAUACAGUUCCACAGUAUGUCAUCUCAGCAAUCCUCACAUUUGUAUCUGCUGAAGUACUCGAAGGUGUCAAUCUAUCACUUUUGUCUCGAGUUAUGUCAUCGAGGUUAGCUCGUGGGACCUACAAUGGUGGACUGCUUUCUACAGAAGCAGGGACCCUAGCUCGAGUAGUUGCUGAUGGUACGAUAACUCUGGCUGGGUUAUGGGGUGAAAGCAAGCUUUUGAAUCUUACUCUCUUUCCUUCUCUUCUGAUUUGCAUCUCCUCAAUCAUAGCUACCUGCUUCACAUAUAAUUCUAUGUACUGAGUCCCAAAAGAAAGUUUAACCUCCUCAUGUUUGCAAGGAAAUUGUACAGCUGAUAGGGUCAUCGAUAAUUAGGGAGUAAAAGCCCGUGACAAGCUUUCCAAAUGCCGGCUAUAUUCCUUUUUAACAUAUGUUUCCUGCUCCUCAUUGCCUCAACUAAAUGUGUCAGCAAUGGACACUUACAGACUGUUGAAAAUACUUCUGUACUUGCUUAUUUAGUCAUGACAGCAAGGUGUAAGGCAACACUCUGCACUCAGGAACUCACAAUUGAUAUUCUCCGGGAAGCACUGUGCUAAUGAAUCAACCAGCAGAAUUCUUCAGCAAUGCAGGUUAUUGUCAUUCUGCGGGAGGCUUAACAUGUGGAUUAGAUCUGAUUGUUGUAUACUCCAAGCCAGCAUAUGCUAAAAGUAUUGAUAAUAUCUAUCCUACAUUCGGGUGUAAAAUUACAUGAUAUCCUUUCAUAGGCUGAAAAAGAACUCUUUUGGUCGCAUGAAAGGGCCACGCAGAAGAUUGUGGGGUCAUAUUGCUGCUCAGUGUGCUCUCAGGCCAUAUUAAUCCUUAAUCAUAUGUGCCUUUAAUUUUACACUAUUCUCAGUAACAAAUAUACAAUAUGUACUAUGUAAUACUCGUAUGUAUUAAUGAAUAAAAAGUUUAUCUUCAGAGUAUGACACAAUAUGUGACUCAUGCUAAGAGAUUUUUUUUUUUUUUUCACCUCAUCAGAAGUUUAUUUCUUUUCUAAAUUUCUAUAUAAUGAGGAGUCUUUUUCAAAUUUAAAUUGUUCAUCAAACAAUUGUCAUUUGCUCCAUAACAAACUAGCAAAAAGCUUAUUGAACAAGAUGUUGAGGAGGCCAGGAGGGUGUUUUAUACAAGUUUGCGAGAAUUGGGUGAAAAUGAGAGCAUUUCUUAUCCCAUUG